AUGGAUGGAAGAGAUCACACAGACGAGGAUGGCACGGAAUCAGAUCCAUAUCGGCCGCCGAAGAGGCAGAAGACAUUUCACCAUGAUGCCUCGGCUACUCUGGGGCGUGGCUUAUAUACUGUCGCCUGGAUUUGUGCGCUUCAUAUUGAGAUGGCGGCAGCUCUAGCCAUGCUGGACGAAGUCCACGACCCUUUGCAUACAUACCCAGAUGAUAGCAACACUUAUAAACUGGGGCGCAUCAAACAGCACAAUGUCGUCAUUGCAUGUUUACCCGCUCAUCAAUACGGAACGAAUAAUGCGGCGAACGUCGUGACCAACCUCAAACGAACUUUCCCAUCAAUACGUGCCGGGUUGAUGGUCGGAAUCGGCGGAGGUGUCCCGAGUAAGGCCGAUAUCCGCUUGGGUGAUGUUGUUGUUGGGACCCGAGUUAUGCAGUACGAUCUCGGAAAACUCCUCGGGGAUGGACGAAUGCAAAGGACAGCGAUACCAAAAGUCCCCCAUCAGCUCCUUGGCACAGCUGUAUCGGCCCUCCGAUCAAAACAUGAACUGGAGCCUAGCCAGAUUCCGUCCAUUUUGAAACAAAAACUAGGGGCAUAUCAUGGCUACGGUCGCCCAAGCUCACCAGAUCGCCUCUUUUGCGUGGAAUAUGACCAUGAAAAUUCUAAUUCCACCUGCGACGAUUGUGACCAGUCUAAAUUGAUCUCUCGCUGUAAGCGGGGUUCAGGCGAUAUCAUGAUUCACUACGGCGCGAUCGCUUCAGGUAAUCAAGUGGUCAAGGACGGCAGGACCCGGGAUAGCAUUUCUCGACAGUUAGACGUUGUUUGUUUCGAGAUGGAAGCGGCUGGCUUGAUGGAUACCAUAUCAUGCCUGGUCAUUCGAGGGAUAUGUGAUUAUGCAGACACUCACAAGAGCAAGGAAUGGCAGAGGUAUGCGGCAGCAACUGCGGCCGCAUAUGCAAGAGAGUUACUCGAAGAACUUCCAGUGACUGAAGGAUAUGCAAAAGCUCCUUUUUUGCCUGACCCCCAGGAAAACCGAGUCCAUGAGCGUCGACAGCGGUUGCUGGAAUCAUUACGAUUCGAACAGAUUGACUCUCGCAAGUUGACUAUCAAGACCGCCCAUGCUAAGACAUGCAAAUGGUUUCUAAGCCAUCCCGACUAUAAGACCUGGCUUGACCCGUCAAUGUUAUCGCAGCAUCACGGUUUUCUGUGGAUCAGUGGUAAGCCUGGUGCCGGAAAGUCAACGAUCAUGAAGUUUGCCUACACGAAUACGAAGAACAAAGCUCGCCGUCAAGGCUCCGUUGUGGCGUCGUUUUUCUUCAACGCUCGAGGCGAAUACCUGGAAAAGUCAGUUUUUGGCAUGUAUCGAUCACUACUUCUGCAAUUACUUGAGGGAUAUCCUAUUCUUCAAUCUGUGUUGGAUGAGUCCGAUCUCAUCCAUGACCAGAAUGGCUGUCCUUCUUUGAAUGUUCUCAAGGAUGUAUUCUGUGAUGCUGUUCUAGCUCUCGGUACAAAGUCAUUCACCUGCUUUGUUGAUGCUCUCGAUGAGUGCGAUGAGCAACAAGUUGUGGAAAUGGUUCAGUAUUUCGAAGACCUCGCCGAGCAAUCCGCAUCUCGUGGCGCAGGCCAUUCUGAAGACCUAGAAGCAUACGUCUCAAGCCACCUCCAAAUUGAAGACCCCGCUAUUAUUGACGAGCUGCAGCCCCAACUCCUUGGCAAGGCUGCUGGCGUAUUCAUGUGGGUUGUUCUUGUCGUCGAUAUUCUAAAUAAAGAGCACCGACGGGGUGGUCUGAGCCUUCGACGGAGACUCGCAGAAAUUCCGAGCGAUUUGAGUGAACUGUUCAAGGACAUAUUGAGGCGCGACAACGAGAAUGUGGAGGAUUUGCUGCUUUGCGUCCUGUGGAUUCUCUACGCAAAACGACCGCUGCAGCCAAAGGAAUUCUAUCAUGCUUUGUGGUCCGGACUGUCACUCAAAGGCCUCGUGGAUGACCGACCUCCUACAUCCGAGGAUCCGGACUCAAAAGACAGCUUGAAUAGAUUCAACAGAUGCGUUAUCAGCUCGUCAAAAGGUCUUGCCGAAAUCACGACGAAAUCGAAGAAGCCAAUCGUGCAGUUCAUUCAUGAGUCGGUCCGGGACUUUCUGAUCAAAGACAAGGGUCUCCAGCAAAUGUGGCCGGAACUAGGUCUUGACCCGGAGGGCCCAAGCCAUGAAAUGCUAAAACAAUGCUGCAACCUAUAUACGAACCAUGUCUCUCCGCCAAUAGUCGCAAAACUCCAAGAUGAAGAAGACAUCAACAGGGAGCAUGAGGUCCGGAGACCAUACCCGUUUCUGGAGUAUGCCUGCCAACAUAUCUUCUACCACUCGGACGCAGCCGCCAGCUCUGUUCCUCAAGACGAAUUCCUUGAUACUUUUCAAACUUACGAUUGGAUUCUGAUCAACAAUCUUCUCGAAAAGCUCAUGUCUCAGACAUACAGGUCAAGUGCGAGUGAUGCAAGUCUGGACUAUAUUCUCGCAGACAUAGGGUGCCCCAACCUUAUUCGCGCGAGACUGAAGCAUAACCCUGAUGUCCAUCGCCGUUCCCCAGCUGAGAGAUACAAAUACCCACUUUUUGCCGCGUUGGCCGCCGGUAACAAGGAGACUGUCGCCGCUCUUCUGAAUACUCCCUCCCACAUCUAUAAUGGAGAAGAUCUCACGGAAGGCCUCAAUAACAGAAAAGAUAUGAAAGCCUAUGGGCGCCUGACACCUUUGACUUGGGCGGCGCAGGAAGGACGGAAGAGCAUUGUUGAACUGCUUCUUCUCCAAGACGUUGACAUAAAUGAGGAAGAUUGGAAGAUGUUCACUCCUCUUGUUCGGGCUAUAACCCACUGCCAUGAAGAAAUUGCUACCCUCCUCAUUACCAGCGGAGCGGAUGUGAACAUCUGUGGGCCGCUGCACGCUGCGUGCUGGGGAGGACUGGAUAGUCUUGUGGGCCUUUUGCUCGACGAAGGAGCAGAGAUCGACCAAGGUUAUUCAAGCUCAAGCACGCCGCUUAUUAGAGCCAGUGAAGGUGGUCAUCUCAGGACUGUGAUGCUCUUGAUUGAGAGAGGAGCAACAUUGAACUUUCAAGACGAACAUGGUGUUGCACUACUUUUGGGUGCAUCUACUUCCAAUUGCUUGAAGUUAGCGCAGUUUCUUAUCAAAAAUGGGGUAAAUGUGAACGCUAAAGAUGAAUAUGGAAUCUCGGCUCUUUCGAGGGCAUCGCAGUCGGGAAGUGAGGCAGUACUUCAGCUUCUUGCUGACAGUGGAGCUGAUGUUCAUGCGAGAAGCGACAAAGGAUCUACACCCCUUUUCCGGUCUGCAAAUGCAAGGAUAGCCAAUAUCCUUAUCACAAGAGGGCUAGAAGUCAACAUGAAAGACGAGGGUGGAGACACGCCCCUCAUAGAUGCUGUUCGGCGUUCAAACGAUGUGUUGAAGCAUCCACGCCGCAAAAGAAGAACCGAGGCCAGCUCUACAAGUGAAGGUUCAAAUUUCUCUGCCCGGACAAUUAUUGCCAACGAGUACGACGGAGUAGUAAAAACCCUUAUUGAACACGGAGCCGACGUUAAUGUUCAGAAUCGAAACGGGCAGAAACCGCUCAUGAUGUCUCUGCUCUAUAGGAACACAAGUUUGGCGAAGCUUCUUAUCGAGCAAGGGGCGGACGUCAAUAUUGAGACCAAUGGCGGAGAAACACCCCUUCUGAUAGGUAUAAGGGGCAUGGAGGAAGAGAUCGUGAGACUUCUUAUUGAGCGAGGAGCUGAAGUCAACGCAAGAGAUGAUGGUGGAAACACGCCUUUGCUUAUGGCUGUGCACUGGAAUCGCGAGGUCAUUAUGCGACUUCUCAUUGAGCGAGGAGCUGACGUCAACGUAAGAGAUGCUUGGGGAAGCACGCCUUUGUCUAUAGCCGCGAAAAGAGCAGAUGGCGAUGCCAUUGUGCAGCUUCUUAUUGAGCGAGGAGCUGACGUCAACGCAAGAGAUGAUGAUGGAAACACGCCUUUGUCAGAGGCCAUGAAAAACGCAAAUGGAGAGGCCAUCGUGCAACUUCUCAUUGAAAAUGGAGCUGUGGACAGCGAGUUGUCUGAGUGA